UCAGACACAGUGCCACGUCAGACACAGUGCCACGUCAGCAGUGCCACGUCAGCAACAUGACGGGCCUGCCAGGCGAACUGGCCAAUGAGCCCAUUGCCGACUACAAGAAGUCGUUCCAGGCUCAGCUCGCUUCCAUCGAGGUUGAGGAACAACGCCAACUGGCAGCCGCGGCUGCCCACCUACAGGCUGAAGAAGCGGCAACAGCAGAGAAGCUGCGGCUACAGGCGGAAGCCGACGCAAAUGGCCAGGCUCGCCACAAGGAAGCCCAGGAUCUGCUGCAGCGGCAUGAAGCCAGUAGCAUUGACAGACUCAAGUACUGGCACUUUGAACCGAACGGGGACGAGGCAACACCGGAAGAACAACAUAAGGAGUUCAUGGCCAAGCUCGUGACCAGGUUGGUUUAUACUUGUAACCACCUACAGUCCGAGUUGGCGAACCUCCAGCGGGCCGUGCGGAACCACAAGACUCAGCACGAAGAUGCCACACGGGCACUGGACGCCCGUGUACUGGACCUGGAACAGGCUGUACCGAGACCAGAUGCUGGGGCUUCCAGCAGUGCAUCCUCUAGCCACCAACUGGAGGAACGCGUUGACCACGUAGUGGCAAUGCUAGGAGACAUAAGUGCCUUCACAGAGUCGGCCACCAUCAGCCAGCGGUUCGAGUUGCUAGACACCAAGAUCAGUCAGCAACAGCAGACCGGCCACAGCCACAACAACAGCUCGGCGAGGCCAUACAAGAUGCCGACGUUCCGGAUCGAGAAAUUUGAUGAYUACACACAUCAAGACCCGGUCGUCUGGUGGCAAGGAUUUACAACGGAGUUGGGGAUUCACGAGGUCCCUGACCAUCUGUUCAUCAGUGCUCUGUUCAUCAACACCAAGGGAGGAUGUCAGAUUUGGCUCAGCGACAUGGCAACCAUCCACGGCGUCCAGGUUUCAGACCUGUACAAAAAGGUCUCCUGGGAAGAUAUGACAAAGGAAUGGAAGAAGCGGUUCAUCGUCGACGACGCCCCGGCACUCGCCAUCAACCGCAUCUUCAUGAUGGCUCAAGGGAGCACACCGACACGUGAUUGGCUCACGGAUUGGCAGAAGAUCGUGGCAACGCCCGAUUUGGACUUGUCAUUUCUGCAUCUGCGGCGUGAGUUCUACAACAGGUCAUGCGCCGCUCUCAGCCUCGCACUUGGUGAUCGCGAGCAGUACAACACUUUCGCAGAGAUCAUUAACAAGGUGAGAGAGCUCAUCAAGACCAACGGGGCGGCUGCACAAGAGAAGUCCACGUGGCAGCCAACUUAUGUGGAGAAGGUAAGAACUGGUCCGCGGCAGCAGCAGUUCGCUGCAGUCCAGUCGGACAGUGAAGAUAACCCAGCAGGCACACCAGCAUCAAGUGACGGAGAUCAGGUGGUUGUUGUCCAGCCGCGACGCAACAACAAGUCCCGCAACAAUAGGAAGGCGAAAUCCGCAUCGCAGGCCGGAAAUGGACAACCAGUACAAGUUCCAUGGGUCAAGUUCGGCUUGACCGAGGCGGAAGACGAUAUCGAGGAGAUGGGGGUGUGUUUUCUCCACGCCCUCCCGCCCCAUGACACUUCAUCCACGGACUCACCUUCGGAUCCACGCAUCACCGAGUUUCUCGACGCCUACAGCGAUGUGCUCGAAAGCCCACAUGGAGUAGUUCUAGAUCGACCCAUCCGCCACGAGAUCAUCCUCGAGGAUGGGGCCGUACCUCCACGCGGUUGCAUCUACCGAAUGAGCGAGGAAGAGUUAAGUGUGCUUCGGGCACAACUCGACGACCUUCUGGAGAAAGGUUGGAUUCGGCCUAGCUCAUCGCCAUACGGUGCUCCUGUUCUCUUCGUCCGGAAGAAGAACAAGAAUUUGUGGUUGUGCAUCGACUAUCGCAAGCUCAACGCGCAGGCGAUCAGAAACGUCGGCCCUCUCCCACGCAUCGACGAUCUUCUCGAGCGAUUGGGCGGCGCCAAGUUCUUCUCCAAGCUCGAUCUCAAGUCGGGAUAUCACCAACUCGAGAUUCGCAAGGAGGAUCGCUACAAGACCGCGUUUAAGACGCGAUAUGGGCAUUUCGAAUGGCUGGUCAUGCCUUUUGGCCUUACGAAUGCCCCGGCCACUUUCCAAGCGGCUAUGACAACGGAGUUCCGACACAUGCUGGAUCGAUACGUACUUAUCUACCUCGACGACAUCCUGGUGUACAGCCGGAGUUUGGAGGAGCAUGUGGAACACCUGCGCACCGUUUUGGAGCGGCUACGACAAGCCAAGUACAAGGCCAACCGCGACAAGUGCGAAUUCGCACGGCAGGAGCUGGAGUACUUGGGACAUUAUGUGAUGCCGCAAGGCAUCCCUCCACUUGCGGACAAGAUCGAGGCCCUACGAGUAUGGCCCGAGCCCACCAACACCACGGACGUUCGUUCAUUCAUGGGAUUGGCGGGCUACUAUCAGCGAUUCAUCACCGGAUAUUCCAAGAUUGUUGCACCUAUGACGAGGUUACAGUCGCCAAAGGUGCCAUUCGUAUUCGAUGACGACGCACGCCGGUCAUUCCAAGCACUUAAGACGGCCAUGCUCAUGGCACCCGUCCUUAGCAUCUAUGACCCCACCCUGCCGACGCGAGUGACUACAGACGCUUCCGGCUAUGGCAUUGGGGCAGUCUUGGAACAGCACGACGGCGACGACUGACACCCUGUGGAGUAUUUCAGCCACAAAGUGCCUCCCAUCAAAUCGCUUGAUGAUGCAAGGAAGAAGGAGCUGCUCGCAUUCGUCAUGGCUCUCAAGC